GGUGCUAAAAACGUUAUUAUAAAGAAUAUGUAUCCCCCUUCCUCUGAAAAUUAUGGUUCAAAUGUUGAGUUAAACCACUUUUCCUUUGAUUGGUCCUUUCAAGAAACUGAGCUUCCUCCAGGUGUAUCUCAGAGCGAUUAUGCGCCACCCCUUCCUAAUGCGCCGCCUCCGUGCUUACCAAUUUCAACCUCUUUCCAACAUGGCCAACAGAGCUUUUGCCAACAACCUAAACAGCAAAAAACUUCACGCGGAAAAUACAAUAAACACAAACGUGGAUCAUUAAAAAAUUGGACUGGUUCUAGGCGACCUCACAACGUUUAUAGCCAUGACGAAUCAUCAGCAGGCGGACCAUUAAACGUCAAUUAUCUAGCAUCGCCUCAAAUGACGUCAUCUGUCAAUUCAGUUCCUCUGCCGUGGCACACGUCAAACGCACCUGAGCGUACGCCACCUUGGCGAUCUCAUAUUUCAACGUCUCUAGACGGAACUGACAACGGCAUGCCAUACGAAGAGUUUGGGAGCCGCCAAGAAUAUUUCCGCGUACCUUUUACUCCAGAAAGUUCAUCAUCCAUAAAUCAUAAUCAAUUCUCACGUCAUUAUAUGUCUCAAUAUGGUUAUCAAUCGACACAUAGGAUUACGGCAAGCCAAUAUGAUCUGCGACGUUCCUUUAACACAUCGUCUUCUCAAAUAGUAAUCGAGAAGCCUGCUGCGCCAAGUACUAGUAAUACUAAAUAUAGUCAAGAACGUAUCGUUAAAGUUGAUGAUACUAAAAAGAAAAUCGUCAAGAACCCAGUUAAUUCUGAUAAGAAGCAACCAGUACUGGUAUUUCCUCGUAGCAAGAAACCAAAAACGGAAGAGACAAAAAAGCACAACCAAAAUAAUGUAAUUUGCCAAGUAAAUGUCAAUGACGAGCCAUUAAAUCCAAGAACAGGGGUUAAUGCCGGUCUUCAACUCUUUAAGAAAAAAACAACCGGUAAAAAAAUAGAAUUUAAACUUGUAAGUAGCAUUGGUCUUUCAAAGCUCAACAUUGAUAAAUGUCGAAUUCGUGAGUCGCGCGUUCAUGAUGAUCAUCUUGAAGUGUCUGCUAAGAAAAUUAAGUUAGAUACAAAUAAAAAUACGGAAGCUACACAAGCGGGUGUCGAUCUCAAUAUAAUGGCUGUUGAUACACAGCUUGGACAUACCGAAUUGAUAGUUGAUGAUGAAAAAGGAACAGAGAAUAGUAGUUUCGACGCGCAAUCAAUCACCGAUCAAUCGAUAAAGCCAGUAGAUAAUGCCAUUGGACUUGGUUUUACUUAUGGUAUUGAUUAUAAGCAAGGAAACGUAUCAGAUAACGAAAGUUUGAAACAAUUCAGUUCAUUUGAGUGUAUAUCUGAAAAGAAUGAUACGACAACUAUGGAAAUAAAAGAAAUACAAUAUAAACAAACUGUAAUGAAUGACAAGGAAGACCCUGUGAUAGAAAAAUCUCUCGAAAAAGAUAAUGCCAAUUAUAAAAUUGACAAUUCUAGCGAAAAAUUCAAUAAAUUAAAGAAGCAACCUGAAGAUUCAACUGACACGACAACUAUGGAAACAAAAGAAAUUCAAUAUAAACAAACUGUAACGAAUGACAAGGAAGUCCCUGAGAUAGAAAAAUCUCUCGACAAAGAUAAUGCCAAUUAUAAAAUUGACAACUCUAGCGAAAAAUUCAAUAAAUUAAAGAAGCAGCCUCAAGAUUCAACUGACACGACAGCUAUAGAAACAAAAGAAAUUCAAUAUAAACAAACUGUAAUGAAUGACAAGGAAGUCCCUGAGAUAAAAAAAUCUCUCGACAAAGAUAAUGCCAAUUAUAAAAUUGACAAUUUUAACGAAAAAUUCAAUAAAUUAAAGAAGCAGCCUCAAGAUUCAACUGACACGGCAACUAUAGAAACAAAAGAAAUUCAAUAUAAACAAACUGUAAUGAAUGACAAGGAAUUCCUUGAGGUAGAAAAAUCUCUCGACAAAGAUAAUGCCAAUUAUAAAAUUGACAAUUUUGGCGAAAAAUUCAAUAAAUUAAAGAAGCAACCUCAAGAUUCAACUGACACGGAAAGACUUGGAUCUGAUGAUUCUAUUAAACCAUUAUUAUCUAAGCAGAAGCGUGUUGUAAAAAAGCCAUUGAAUGUGACCAGUAAAGAAGGAAAAGAACGUGAUUCACCAAAGCCGCAAUCCAGAUCUAGGCAAAGUUAUGUUCGUAAACAGAAAAUUUCUUGGGUGAAUACAAAGGAUGCAAAAGUCAAUAAAUGCGAAUCGUGUGGUGACAAAUCUAAGGAUUUAGAGACCAUAGGGGCACUUGAGCUAUGUUCAACUUGCGUGCCACUGUUUACUUCUCAGGUAGCUAGAGCAAAAGCAUUUCCACACAAUUUUAAACUAAAUCAAAAAGUGGAGGUACUAAAUAUAGAUAAAGUUUGGUACCCUGCUAAGAUUGUCAUAGUCGAAAAAACUCAUGUGAAAGUUCACUUUGAUGGUUGGGGAAGAGAGUUUGAUGAAUGGAUUUCUGUUGAUAGCCGAAGAUUAAAAGUGCAUACGGCUGACAAUAAUCCAGAUUGCUUAUCUGAACCAAUUAAAAAGGACAAUUCUGACAUUGGAGUAGCGUCAACAGAUUUGCAAGAGGAUUCAAAAUCUGAAAAUUCAGGAUCACUCAGCAGUUGUCCCGAUACAGAUUCAGAAUCAGAUGCUGGUUCUAGUAGUAACAGCCCUGAAUCUGAGUUAACAACUCUAAGUGACGAAAGCGAUUCCGAAUAUAACACUGUUGGCAAUAGUAUUGAUUCUGCACGAUUAAGACGCAGGACUAGUUAUCGCAAAAAUGUAACAUUAAGUCGGCAAAGUGUUCCUGAGCCAAAGCCUUCUCAACCAAAAGAGUCACUAUGUGAAUCUUGCAAAAUUAUGCAUGUAAACGUUCAAAGAGUCGGCAGCCUUGAUUUAUGCUCUUAUUGUCGAACGCUUUUUGAUGACGAUAACACGAUUCGUUUUAGGCGUGCUGGACAAUACGGGUUUCAACCUCAAAAACGUGUUAAAAUCCUAGGUCGUGAUAGUAAAUGGUAUCCGGCCACGCAGGUUGAUGUUGCAAAUGGGCGUAUUCGUGUGCAUUUUGAUGGUUGGAGUGAUAAGUUUGAUGAAUGGGUACCAGCAGGAAGUCAAAGAAUGAAAGAUAUGACGUUAGAUGAAAUAUUAGAGGCACAAAAGGCUUUGGAAGAUGAAAGUAUAGAAAUAUUUGAUGAAAAUGAAUCAAUGUUAAUACCCCAUAACAAAAGUAGAAUACGUGUCAAAGGCCAGAACAAAUCUUCGUCAGUUUCGAGUUCUUCAAAAAAUAGUUCUUCGCAAUCGAAAAACAUUCAAUCUAAAAAGAGAGAUUAUCAAUAUGAUGGCGAUUCUGAUAUCCGAAGUCAGCAAAGUGAAUCUACCGAUUCUUUAGCUUCAUUUGACUGGAAUGACUUUUAUAUUGGGCGUAAUACACGUCGCAGUAUACGUAAUGAUAAACUUUUGAGUAAUUCAAACAUACUUACUCAAUUAAAGGCACGAUUCAAACCAGGAAAUCAGAUAGAAGUACGCGAUAGGUUAAGAGAAUGGGUACCGGCAACAAUAGUUGAAUCGAAAGGCUGUCGCGUCCUAAUUCAUUAUGAUGAUGUCCCGGCUUUUUAUGACGAAUGGAUAGACAUUAGUAGCGAAAGAUUGCGCAUGAAACCUGUAAAGGCUAAUGAAACGUGUGUGGUUGGUCAAGACAAUAAGGACAAGCAAAAAAAAGACGACCGUAAAAAGAAGAAUAAAUUAGAGGCUGUUGAUGAUUCUUUGGAAUUCAUAGAUAUUAACACUCUACCUUUAGAUAUGACAGAAGGGAAUGAUUAUAAAAGUUUCGAAUUAUGUGUAUGGUGUUAUGCUCAUCAAUUUCCAAGUUAUCAUGAACAUCCACGAUGUUCUUUUGCAUGUCAAUCGGUGAUUGAUGAUGAAGCAAUUAAAAUGUCUUCAAAAGGUGAAGUCAUCAAAACAUUUGAUAAAGACGUUUUUGACACAACCUAUAAAGACCCAGGCAUUGACCUGGUGAACGAAAAUGUGCAAUUGGAUAGUGGCAUGGGAUACCUUUAUUUGCAAGCGUGGAACUCGCGUAAGAUCUGUGGUUUUUGCAAUGAUGAUGAUGGUCAGCAGCUUGACGGUUUCAUAGGGCCACAACCUUUUGUAACCAAUACUUAUACGCGUCAUGGUGAAAAACAAAAGAUUUUCUGGGUUCAUGAGGCUUGUGCAAAGUAUUCACCGGAGGUUUUUCUUUCCAAGUCAAAUGAGUGGUAUAAUGUGACCUUAGCAUGGAAAAGAGGUCGAAGCAUGAAAUGCGGAAAGUGUAAAGAGCGAGGUGCAACUAUUGGAUGCUUCGAACCGAAAUGUACAAAAAGCUUUCACUUGCCGUGCACCGAUAAGCCACUUUCUCAUUUUGAGAUGGGUGUUAUUUUUUACUGUCCUAUUCAUGAAUCACGCUAUCUCAAAAAAGAAAUGUAUAAUGAGAUAUAUAGAUGCGAUGUUUGUUCCUGUGAAUUACAGGCUGACAAAUGGUGGACUUGCAAACCAUGCGAAUCCAACUUUUUUUCUUCUUUUGAUUUAUGCCCGCAGUGUUUUACCGAGAAAUUCCCAGAGGCACAUGAACAUAAUAGAGAAGAUUUUGAUGAAACGUCUGUCAAGCAGAUAAAAGAUCAACAAAUUACAAAACAAACGGAAAUAGCUCUUGCUAAUCAAAAAGCUCGUGAGUCUGGAAUGCGCAAGAAAUCUAAAAAUUAUCCACCUAAUCACGGAAAGGGACAAUUACAGUGUUCUUAUUGCUGGGCUGAUGAAUCUCCUCGUUGGCGUAAAGGAUAUGACGGAGUGUUAAUGUGUGAAGAUUGUUUUGAAUUAGUAUUAGUCAACAAUACUACUGGAGAAUCUCAUUUAGAAACAAAUAAGCUGAUGGUUACCAGUGAAGAUUAUUCAUAUCGUCCAUAUCUAACAAGAAAUUCAUGUUCGGACAAGAAAUUUGAUUAUUCGGAAUCGCAGACAAUAUAUUUAGACACGUAUGAGCCUGCAGAAAAUCAACUAUUUUCGCUGCCUUUUGACAGUUCGUACUUUGAUAUUCCCGGAAGAGCUCCAAGAUGGGCAACGCAUAGUGGUACUGAUUAUCAUGGGACUUGGUUGCCGCAAACUGUUCGACGUGCCUUGCUUCGUUUUACAAAGAAGAAUGAUCGGGUUAUGUCAAAUUUUCUUGGAAGAGGAACGGAUGCAAUUGAAAGUUUUCUGCUUUGUAGAAGGCUCGUGGGUGUAGAUAUCAAUCCAGCUGCAGUAGCUCUAUCACAACGAAAUUGUUCAUUCGCUAUUCCACCAGAUCGAGGUAUCACAGCAGAGCAUCGACCUAUUAUUCUUCAAGCAGACUCCAGGCAUUUGACAGGAACAAUUUUUGAAGAUGAAUCUUUUGACCACGUUUUAAGCCAUCCCCCUUAUAAAAACUGCGUCGAAUAUUCAACUCAUAUUGACGGAGAUUUAUCGAGAUAUGCAAAUUCUAAAGAAUUUGCAAUAGAAAUGAGUAAAGUUAUUGACGAAACUUGGAGAUUAUUGAAACCGGGCAAAAGAAUUACGCUUGGUAUUGGAGACAAUCGAGAACAUUGCUUUUAUGUCCCGGUUGCAAAAAGGCAGAGAUAUUGCCAGGCCUUUGGAUUGGGUACCUAUCUUUGUGUGCAAUACGAUUUCUUAAUGUUUACGCAUGAAUUUAUCGCUACUUUCAAGAAAGUUGAUAAAGAAAAAAAUGAUCUUAUGUUAAGCAUGCCUGACGAUUCUGAGUUAGACGAAUACGUAACAUAUUCAAGUAAAUUAAGAGAAAUUCCUAUUCUUCCUAUCGCACGCAAGAGUGUUGUCAUGGGUACAACAUGGACAUUUAAGCCUACGUCUAAACACAGUUUUGUGCAACUUUGUGCUUCAAGAAUGGUUGAAAGAUUUGGUAGAGAUUAUGCUAAUUAUGAAGAAAUAUCGAUAGAAUUCAAAAACAUAGAGUACAAUAAUAAUAGUGCUUAUGAAAAUAAAGAACAAAUAAAUAAAGAAGACAUAGAUAAUGAAUCAGACGAUGAUAUUCCAGAAUACGAACGAAUUAGACAAAAGCAAAUUCAAGAGAAUCAGAAAAUGCUACUUUCAUUGGGACUGAAAUGUGACCUUGGAGAAGAGUCGGACGACAUAUCUCAUCUUGAAAAGUUACUUAACAGCAAACCACUACCCCCACCAACGCCAACUGCGUUGAUCGUGAUACCGCAUAUUUCCAAUAAUAAUCUCAAUUCACAAAUGAUUCCCUACUAUCGUGCAACAAUCAAACGUUUAGCUCGUGAAGCAUAUGAUCGAUUACCUCCUUCCGGAUUCCUCGUGAUAGGAGGGCAGGAUGUUCGAACAUCAGACAAUAAAUUAUGGCCUCUCAGUAUGCUUUUUAUGGAAGAUGUGAAUAAUGCCGUUGGAGAAGAUAAAAUGCCACUAAAGGAACUUGUGAUCACUGUACCGGACGGUUACGCAAAAGAUAAGAAAAAGAUUUGUUCAUUUGAAGAUUAUACAGAAGAACGAUGUGUCGUAGAUGAAGAAGAAAGCGCAGUACAAUUACCCAUAGUCCAUGUAGGCUUUUUAUAA